AAAAUGGAAACGCGUGUGGUGUAGGUUUGUGUGGUAAGUGAAUGAGAUGGCUUUGAGGUGUGUAAUGGCGGUGUCCUCCCCCUGUUCGCCUGCAACUGAUGCAGUGGGUCGAAAGGUUUUCUUCUCGAAAACUCUCUCCCAAUCGCACCGCACCUUCACUUUUCCUCUUUAUUCAACGAACCGGAGCUCUACUGCUAGGAUUGCCCGCUUUCGUUGCUUUUCUUCUGCCUUAACUCCUCAGCUAAAGAAUACAUUGGAUAAAGUGGUGACAUCAAACAAGGUGGUUCUUUUCAUGAAAGGAACUAAGGACUUCCCACAGUGUGGGUUUUCAAAUACGGUAGUGCAGAUUUUGAAUUCUUUGAACGUUCCUUUUGAAACCAUAAACAUAUUAGAGAACGAAAUGCUACGUAUGGGUCUGAAGGAGUAUUCCAGUUGGCCUACCUUUCCUCAACUUUAUAUCGAAGGAGAGUUUUUUGGUGGUUGCGAUAUCACUGUUGAAGCAUAUAAAAAUGGGGAAUUGCAGGAACUAUUGGAGAAGGCGAUGUGCUCUUAAUACUUAUCUGCAUUGAAAAACAGAUGUAGUUGUACUUGUUCGUAAUUAGCUGAUUACUUAUUGUCUCGGCUGGCUUAACUUCUUUUGUGAUUGAUUUUGUUGGUCUCACAUUGGAAUUAUACAGUUUGUUGUUGGAAUAAUAAGAUAAAAGGAAUUAAAAUUUGAACCCCA